UCCCAGCAGGCCUGUGGCCGGAAGACCGAAAAGGGGCGAGACGGGUACGCUCUGGGCUCUGCAGGCGGCCUCUUUGGCUUUGGAACUUGUAACCUAGAGGAUGUUGAAGUUGCUUUUAUUUCAAGAGAUCGAUAGGAAAGACAGCCCCAGCGCGCUAAAGCUCAGCUGACAGGACACAGGGUGCGCAGGUUCGAGCUUGAGAGCUUCCCGGAGCCCAAGGGCCGGUGGGCCGUCCACCCUGCGCGCCCCGACCGGAACGCGGAAGAGUUCGUUCCAGGGAGUGGAGAGGGGCGCGCGCGCUGGUGGGGGGGGGGGGUGUCGUGCCUGAGCAUCGGCGCUGGAGACGGGCAGGAGCAUGGGGACGCAGAAGCCGCGGAUCCUGCCCUGGCUGAUCCGGCAGCUGGACCUGGGGCAGCUGGAGGGCGUGUCGUGGGUGGACGAGCACCGGAAGCGCUUCCGGAUACCGUGGAAGCACGGGCUGCGGCAGGAUGCGCAGCCGGAGGACUUCGGCAUCUUCCAGGCCUGGGCAGAGGCCAGCGGCGCCUAUACUCCCGGGGAUAGGCCCGACCUGCCAACCUGGAAGAGGAACUUCCGGUCCGCCCUAAACCGGAAGGAAGUGGUGCGUUUAGCUGAGGACCGGAGCAAGGACCCUCACGACCCGCACAAGGUCUACGAGUUUGUGACCUCAGGAGCCGGGGACAUCUCUCCCGAAGUUGGGGGGGGCAGUACCUCUGAGAGCCAGGAAGACAGUCUGGAGCAGCUCCUGGGAGAGAUGGGCUUGGCCGCCGUCCCGGACGAGGGGCCCUGGGCUGGGGCCGUGGCCCCUGAGCGCUGCCCUCUGAGCCCUCACCUGGACCACCCCAGCCCCUGCCCGCACCCCGCACCCCCUGAAAACCCACUGAGGCAGCUGCUGGUGCCCGAGGAACAGUGGGAGUUCGAGGUGACCGCCUUCUACCGGGGCCGCCAGGUCUUCCAGCAGACCAUCUGCUGCCCAGGAGGCCUGCGGCUGGUGGGCUCAGAAGCCGCCGCCAGGACGCUGCCGGGGCAGCCGAUAGCCCUGCCGGACCCCGGGACGGCCCUGUCUGACAGGAGCGUGAGCUGCUACGUGCGACGCGUGCUGCAGAGCCUGGAAGGGGGACUGGCCCUGUGGCAGCUGGGGCCUCGGCUCUGUGCCCGGCGGCUGGGGCACUGCCACACCUACUGGGCCGUGGGGGAGGAGCUGCUCCCCAACAGUGGGCACGGGCCCGCCGGCGAGGUCCCCAAGGACAAGGACGGAAGCGUGUUCGAGCUGGGGCCCUUCGUGGCAGAUCUGAUCGCGUUCAUGGAAGGAAGUGGACACUCACCUCGCUACACCCUCUGGUUCUGUUUGGGGGAGGCCUGGCCCCAGGACCAGCCGUGGGUCAAGAGGCUCGUGAUGGUCAAGGUCGUGCCCAUGUGCCUCAAGGCCCUGUUAGACAUGGCCAGGGCGGGGGGCGCCUCCUCCCUGGAGAACAGCGUGGACCUGCACAUUUCCAACAGCCAGCCGCUCUCCCUCACCUCCGACCAGUACAAGGCCUACCUGCAGGACCUGAUGGAGGACAUGGAUUUCCAAGUCACCGGGGAGCCCUGAACUCUGGCUUCCACAGCAAUAAACCGGGUCCUGCUAUGGUCA